CUUGUCUUCUCAAUUUCUACUCGUUCCUUGCUUGGUGUGCAGGAAAAAAUACAAAGGGUAAUUCUGCUAAAACAGCCUCCAUCUCAGCAGAAGAUCCAUUUGUGGUUUUAGACCAAUCUUCUUCCAAAGCAAAUACAUCUUCUGGGCUGUUCUCAGAACCAUUUGAACAAAGUGCAGAUGGCUCUGUUUUACAUUCAGUUGAUGACUUUGAGGAUUUUGUCAUGGGUGGGAUGCAGACUAAUAAGGCAAAAGAAAAAUCAGAUUUCUUCCAGAAAGAAAGAGUUGAGACUGCUCCGCAUGAUCUGGACUCCUUUUUCAGUAUGGGUACUCAACCAAGCAGUGGGUCAAGACCCAAGGCCACAACAUCAGACCCAGUGAUUGAUUCACUGUUUCAAAGCAGAGGAGGUUCUGGAGUGAAGCCAACUUCUUCUGGGACCUCAUCCAAGAUAAAGAAGUCUUCUUCUGCAACAAAUGUUGUUAAUGACUUCUCUUUCCUUUUUGGAGAAGCCUCCCCUUCAUCUGGGGAAUUUCAGGAAAUUGAAGGUGAAAGUGAAGAAAGACGAAAAUCCAGAUUAAACCAUCACAUGAGAACUCAAAAGCGAAUGGCAAAAGCGUUGGCAGAAAAGAAUCAACGAGACUAUCAGACUCAGCAGGAGCAACAAGAGAGACAUAGGAUUGCUGAAACUCUCAGUGACGAUAUAAAGCGUUGGGCUGCAGGGAAGGAAGGGAACUUGCGUGCACUGUUGUCUUCAUUGCAAUAUGUUUUAUGGCCUGAAUGCGGCUGGCAGCCAGUUUCAUUGACAGAUUUGAUUACUUCUGUCUCUGUGAAAAAGGUUUAUUAUAAAGCUACCUUAUGUGUCCAUCCUGAUAAGGUCCAACAAAGAGGUGCCAACGUUCAACAGAAGUUCAUUGCUGAGAAGGUUUUUGAUCUUCUCAAGGAAGCUUGGAACAAAUUCAACUCAGAGGAGCUUAAGUACAGUGGUUGAGCUCCUUCCACUGUCAAACCACAAGCUUUAUUGAAUCCAGGCCAUGCAGGAAAUGCCUGCUGAAAUGUCGUAAUGCAACUCCCGAAUGCAAUGAGCUUAAUGUUGCGUCAAGUCUUUCUUUUCAAUUGAGGGGCUUGGAGGUCAUUGCUGCCAGACGGCGUAGAAUGACCCGUUAGAUGUGUAUUGGAGUGAGUGGUUGUUGUAUAGCAAUGGAAUCGCCCAAGAAGUUUCCUGGGCCACGGAAUAUAAAUAGUUUGCAUUUGUUGAAUUUAUGCCUUCGUGUUUUAAAUGUAGUUAGGACAGAAAUCGCCUGUCACGUGUACAUUGCCUUUUCUUUCUUUCUGUGAAUUAGCUUUCCCUGUUGUC